GCCUCCGGCCGCUCAACAACUAGUGAUAUUUUCGCGGGUAAUGGGGAAAAAAAACGACUGGGAGUGAAGUUCGGGAGGGCACCAGAGGGUUCAUGCCGCUCCCGUUGCUUUCCACCUUCUUCCAUCACCAGCUUACACAGUCAUUCAUCGUCAACGAUGGGCAUCCGAGGGGCCCCUACUCCGUCUCCAUAAACACUUAUAUCAUAUACAUCUGGCCAAUAAUGAACUUCUAUCUUUUUUGUUCUACUGGGGACGGUGAUCGCUUGAUCUGUGUGAGACGGAUGCAGAAGAAAACCCUCGAGGAUAAGCAAUUAGCCCAGGUGUCCAUCGGUUAGGCCCCCUCUUCCCUCCGUCUCCCAAAUUCGCAUCAGGGGGCGGCUACGCGACCAUGGAGUCUCAGUGAUCUGGCAUUAAUUACCAGUUCAGAACUACGGACUAGGACGGAAUACUGUGUAAUAGGUCCAAUUGACCCUAUUCCGAGAUGA